CUCAAACACAUAUCCCACACAGCAAGCAGCUGCCCAGUGACCACAGGCAGACCCUCACCAUAACAUACCACUCUGCUCACCACAGGCCAGCUCUACCGGACUUUUCAAGAAUGGGGGACUUCCAGCAGUUGGAUCAAGACUUUUACCAGUCUGAGUAUUACUAUGAUAAUCAGGGGCAGGAAGGCUAUGGCUAUGAUCCUGCAGCAUACACCAACCCAGAUUACCAUGUAGAUGAUGCAGCACCUUGCUAUGGCCCAACCAUGGAUCCCCCUUACUCUGGGAAGGUGUUCCAGCCUUCAGCUCCUCCUGGGGCUCCUGAAACAACAGACUCUUUUGAGGAAGAGCCCCCACUGUUAGAGGAGUUGGGCAUUAACUUUGAUCACAUCUGGCAGAAGACUCUGACUGUAUUGAACCCACUGAAACCAGCAGACGGCAGCAUCAUGAAUGAGACAGACCUAACUGGGCCAGUUCUUUUCUGCAUCGCUCUGGGAAUCACUCUUUUAAUGGCAGGAAAGGCUCAUUUUGGCUAUGUGUAUGGCAUCAGUGCGCUGGGCUGUGUUGGCAUGUACAUGUUGUUGAAUCUGAUGAGUGCAUACACCAUAUCCUAUGGAUCCGUCGCCAGUGUAUUAGGAUAUUGCCUGCUGCCCAUGGUGGCACUUUCUGCCUUUGCUGUUGUUUAUUCCUUACAAGGACUGUUGGGAACAUUGCUGGCAUUGAUUGUGAUUGGCUGGUGCAGUCUGUCAGCAUCUAAAAUCUUCAGCUCCACUCUGGACAUGGGUGGUCAGCAGCUGCUGGUGGCUUACCCCUGCGCUCUGCUGUACGGAGUCUUCACCUUGCUGACCGUGUUCUGAUUGUUCACAUCAAGAAAGCUCAACGUUAUGUCAGUGAGACGGGCACUCACAGCGUCUUCAUCAUCUUCUGAUCAUACACUUGACGAGACAUCACCAGUCUUUCAGUAUGACCUCUACUGUUCAAGUACAAAUAACCUCAUUAACAACCUGCCUUACUUCUCAAACCUGUAAGGCAACUGAUGCCUUUAAGAAAUAUUCAGAAACAUCUGAAAAAAACAUGGAGUUAAAAUUGGUAGCAUUAAAUCUGAUAUACAAUAUCAGCAAAUAAAAUAUGGUGUUGAGAAACCAAAACUGACCAAACUGAUCAGAUUGCAGAACAAAACUACUAUCAAAUAAUCCUGCACAUAAUCGGCAUAAGCAUCCAAUUCAGGCUUGCCAUAUAACUAAUCAGCUAACACUUGUAAUGAUGUUAUAAUACCCAGCUUUAGCUGUGGGAAUCUGGUUUUAUUCAAGAACUUCUUGGAAACUUCAAACCUCUAAUAAGCACAGAUUGUUAUUUGGUUGGAUGUUGGGUGUUUUUGCUGAUGUUUUCCAUUUUCUGCUACUUUUAAAAUGUUAUCUUAUUCCAGUUGGUGCUGAUACCCAGUAAAAUAAAAAGACACUGUAAUGUAAUGAUACAUUACAAAUAAUUCUGGUAAAUGCUGACACAUAUGUAAUGUUGGAGCUUGCCUGACUCUUUGACUGGUGAUAGCUUAAAAUGCUUGUUAAGUAGCUUUUCUUUACCAUUUAAUUUAACCAUAGUUAAGCAAGCAUACUCACUGUACACAUUGCACAUACUUUUGAAUGUGGUUUGUAUUCGUCUUUGUAAUGUGUAGUGCUUAUAGGGCUACAGUGCAUAUAGGGUUUCCCAGGGGUUAAGCCUAUAACAGACAAUAUAGUCUACAAUGAGGCUUAAUCUCUGAGCAAAAGAAUAGCAUAGAGUAUGUACCAAAUUUUUCACACUAUAUUGCGCACUAUUAAUAAACAUCUAUUAUUAUUAUUAUCAUUAUUAUUAUUAUUAUUAUAUUAUUAUUAUUGUAAGUAACAAGGGUGUCACCAUGUUUUCCUUCUAUUUUAGCAGGUCCCGUUUCUGGGUGGUGAGACCUGUAAAGCUAAACUAAGUUACAUAAACAAACUGUAAUAAAAACUGUAAAAAAAAUAUAUAUAUAUUUUAAAGUCAAACAAGCGCUGGAUGUUAAUCUACACAGAUUUCUCUUCUGAAAACUGUUUAUUUGGGUGAGUAAAGCACUUCCGUUUAUUUACAGUAAGCUUUUCAGAUUUUAGAUUUUCAGAUUUCCACUAAGGCAGGCUGCAGCAGUGUUAGCAUUUGCAGCUAACUGCAGCGCUAGCACUAGUUGCGGUUAGCUGCUAAUGCCGCCUGAUAGCGAUACACUGAGGCUUGUUUUAACACAGUAAACUGGCAGGCUACAGUCUGAUAUACUUCUCUGAACGACGAAGGAAGUAACGUUUAGCACACUUAGCAGCUAAUGCUAAUACUGCUAGUGAACUAAACUGAAACUCCUGUAUAACGCUGUACUUCAGCAGAGUAGCUUUACUGCUCUAUACAACCUGACUGGUAAAAUUCAUACAUAAGGUGCACCGGAUUUUAAGGCGCUCUGGUGAUUUUUUUGGAAAAUUAAAGGUUUUAAGUGCGCCUUAUAGUGGAAAAAAAUACGGUAAUGUUAAAUCUUUUUGAAUUAAACAGCAUUAGUUGUUUUUGCAUCUUUACUGGAUGUAGAAAUUAAGAAUUACAUUGUAUGUACUGGUUUCUAUUAAUAAGGUAAUUUCAUAUAAAAUGUUAUCAGUGCCCCUGUCUAUACUCUCUUUCUAAACUAUUUGAAUGCCAUGCCCUUACUUGUACCCUUUUUUCUUGUCAUUGGCCUUGCAUGACCUUUAACCAACUCAGAUACCCAUCUGGACCUGGAGACUGUCAGGUCAGGUUUGUUCUCUCUCUCACUCUCUCUCUCUUUCUCUCUCAUGGUAUCUCUCUCACCCUCACCCCAUGCUUUCCAAAUACUGAAUUAUGCAGGUGAAAAUGAGCUCUUUGACCUUCUGAUCUUAUUCAUAAUUGAAGGUAUAAAUGUUAGGCUGGCAUGCACCAAAACUUUUGGAUUUAUUUUUGUAAAUAAUAACUUAUUAACAAAAAAGUAUGCAAAUAAAGAAAAAGAAAACUUUUA